AUGGUUUCUGUUAAAUUCGUUACUACUGUUCUUUUAUCCAUUUCAUCUUCAUUGGGUUUCCAAUUAUUACGUGAUGAAUCCGGAUAUUCCAUUUUACCACCAACUGAUUUAGUUUUACAACAUUUAAAAGAAAACAGUGAACCAUCCAAUAAUGGUGAAUAUUAUGAUGUCUUAACCACUGUUCAUAAAAAUGGUGAAAUCGUUCAUGUUAACUUAAAUAGUCAUGAAAUUAAACAGACUGGUAAAUAUAAAUUCAAUUAUGACAAUUCUGCCUAUAAGAACUGUGACAUGAAGGGUUUGUUCAAGAGAACUAUCUUAAGAGAAGAUAACUUCUGUUUCAAUGAAGAAUUCAAAUUAGAAACUAGUCAAUGUGGAUUUGAAUUUGUUUCUUAUGCUAAUGCUGAAGAUUGUUCCAAUGAAGCCAGCAAAUACUCUUGUGUUUUAGAUGUUAUGAAACAACAAGAUUCUACUUUAAGUUUGAAAGAUAUGGAAAAUGUUCCUGCUCAAGUUAGAUGUUAUUAUAACAUGACAGAUGCUCAGGCUGAUAAACCAUUAAAUGGUGCAUGUUCCAAGUAA